GCAUUGUAAAACAGAGUUAACUUAUGACAUAGAUUCUGAGGAGGCUUCAGUUCACCAAACCUUCAGGAGAGAAGCAGUUCACUGUUGAUACCUGAGAGCGUUAAUACUUCCACAUAUCGUGAUACAGCUUUAAAUUGUCGCAGAGAUGUAUCAAAUCUCUAUGGAGAAGAGGAAGCUUGGUGAACGUUCAGAGGCAGAGGACAUCAGGCCUCAACACAGCUAUCAUUGGAGAGCUAACAUCCAUGAUGCUUCACCUGCCCUGUUCAAUGAAGCAGAAAGGACACCAUUGGGGUGUGAGCCCCACAGUCCAACCAAGAAAAGAAAGCGUGUUUCUUUACCUGAAGAGGAAAGAGAGUCAAAGAGACGACGCCUCUCCACCAUUCACGAACCUGAGGUGGAGUUAAAAGGCCAAACAGAAAGGAAGGCUGCCCCCCAGAAGAAGACAGAGGCUUGUCGCUCAAACAUCAGCGACAAGCCUCUCAGACAUGAGCAUGUCCAGAGUCUCGGAUUUCCAAACAUCGGACAAACCUGUUACAUGAACUCCUGUCUACAAAGCCUUCUGACACUGGAUGACUUUGUCGACGAUGUCAAACGUCAGAAGAAGGUGUGGCGUUCAAACCCUGACGCAGGAGUUAUGAGAUAUUUAACAAAAAUCAAAAAGGCUCGCCCCACGAAGGACUUGGCUAAAAAAACACUCCUUCUGAGCAACUUCAAGACGGCCCUCUCUGCUUGGAAUCCAGAAUUCAAAGAUAACCAACAGAAGGAUGCACAUGAGUUCUUAUCUUCAGUUCUGCAACAAAUCAGGAGUUUGGGUCCACAACUGCAGUACCUGGCAGCCACCACGGACCAGACCUACACGUGCCCUGUCAAAAAACACAUAGAGUUCACCAUGGAGAACACAAGGACCUGCAAAAGCUGUGGUGCAGGAUCCACGAGACAGGAGAAAUACACUGACCUAUCCCUGGACAUAGCACUUGGAGGUGGAACAGUUGAGGACAUGCUGGAGGACUAUCUUAAGGAGACCGAUCUGGAGUACCGCUGUGAAUGUGGUGCCAACAUGUCAGGCCAGCGCUCAUCAUUCGCAACCAUGCCAAAAGCUCUAGUCCUGCAUCUUAAACGAAUCCGGUACGAUUCAAGUUACCAACUGGAGAAGGUCCGUGACCCGGUAGACCUCUUCAGGGAACUGGUGAUUCCUUCCAAAGAGGGUGGUAGCUGCUACAGCCUUGUCAGCGCCAUCAGUCACAUCGGCGCAGGAGCAGGAAGUGGACACUACAUCUCAGAUGGAGUGGAUCUGGAUGUGCCAGUGGAGGACCCAGAGGACCGUUGGUUCACUUACAAUGACACAGUAGUUAGAGAAACCAGCGGUGCCUCUGUGUGCAAGCUGCGAAGUCAAAACGCCUACGUCCUAGUCUACAAAAGAAAGGAUUAGCCAGCGGGAUGAUACAUUGGGACUUCAGAUGGAACCAAGAGAUCUCACGUUGCCCAUGAUGAGAGAGGAGAGACACGGCUUCUAUCUCCUCUUCAUAAACCUCCAUCUCCUUAUACCAGCUCUCCUCCCUCGUAGCUUAUGCCUCCAUGUGUCCAAAAUCUCCAGAGCUCCACAGGAACAUCCAGCGGCCCGAGCCGACAGGCUUCAGCUCAGCCAGCCGAGCAUGAGUAAAAACAAACAAAGAGGGGUUAUAAGGAGAGUAAAAGUUAAAGUUGGUGAUUUCAUCGUGAAAAACAGUCUGCAACUCUCACCAACGGAAGGUCAAAAGAGGUCACAACUUCAACAAACUACCAGAGAGAAAUCCGACAAAGUUUGAUGAAGAAAGAGAAGAAAAAAUCAGAAAGAAAAAUGAACGGGGCGCUGGUGGCCUAGCGGAGUAGCUGCCCCAGAAGCUACCACCUGAGCACUUCAAAAGCAGUUUGUGUUUGUUUUUGCUCAUAGGAUUAGUCAGCGGCAUGAUCCAUGGGUCCUUAAAUCUCAAAGGGAAUUCAAAAAGGAUAUGUGCUGUCUCCAAAUUCAAAUGUUUCAAGGCUGUAUGAAUUGCAGAAGUCCAGUGAUCAUGAAGCCGCACGUCCAGUGCAGCAGCAGCACGUCUCCUGGAACAGCAAGAGGUCAAUUGGAGCAGCAGCAAGUCUGGUGGCCCAAAGGAGGAUGGGCGUUUCCCCCAGAGAGCCUGGUUCCUCCCAAGGUUUCUUCCUCACAGAGGGAGUUUUCCCUUGCCACAGUUGCCCCAAAACAAAAGUCACCAAAAUGAUCAGCAGUGACUUAUUUAAACUGAAAUCAAUCCAGACAAAAA